AUGAUCAACUCGGCGCUUGUCUUUGUAUGUAUCAUCACUUUCAUCGCACUCGCGGUCUCCGAAGAAGCAGAUGUCUCGUCAGUCGUAGGCCAGGAGUCCGAAGUGACGCCGACACUGCAGCGAUACCUUCAGGACAGCAAUAGCUCAACCAAAGACGCGCCUGCGGAAAAACCAACGCCACCGGUCACACCGAAGCCACCAGUCACACCAAAGCCACCAGUCCCACCAACGCCACCGGAUACACCAACACCACCGGCCAUACCAACGCCACCGGACGCACCAACGCCACCAAACGCACCAACGCCACCGGUUGCACCAACGCCACCGGAUGCACCGACGCCACCGGAAGCACCAACGCCACCGGACGCACCAGCCCCCUCGACGCCCACUCGACGUCCUGUAGACCCACCAACGCCUACGCCUCCCACUUCCACGCCUCCUGUAUCACCUCCGACCCCUCCGACGCCGACCCCUCCGACUCCGGUUUCCGUGUCGCCACCGUCUACACCGACGCCGGAUGCUCCCGCACCGACUACAGACACCCCUAAUACUCCUAGCACUCCGAAUACUCCUGAGGGGACCGCCCCUACGCAAAAUACGACGCCAGAGACACCCCAAGUGACGCCAGCUACACCGAAAGAGACUACAGAAACGCCUACAUCACCGUCUUCACCGUCCACACCGUCCACACCGUCCACACCGUCUACACCGUCUACACCGUCUACACCGUCUACACCGUCUACACCGUCUAUACCGACUUCACCUACGGACACGACACCUCCCCAGGCGACUUCGCCGUCUUCGCCGACGCCUACCGGUCCUGAAAGCGCUGCGUCGUCGAGCCCUGGCUCAUCGUCGAGUGCAAAACCCAUCUCGGACACGUCGUCAGCGUCCAUGAGCACUGGCGCCGUGAUCGGUAUCGUGGUGGGCAUCAUCGCAUUCGUGACCAUCAUUGCCGCGAUCAUUAUGUGCAUCAUCCGCAGCAGACGCGAUUUAGAAGACGACCCGUUGUCGCCAUUUGAGCUUUCUGUGGACAAGGGCUUCAACCCGACGCCGGGUGGUUUCAAUGCUCAGAAUUCGCUCAAUUCCCGUGCAAUGGGUGGUCCAGCUGGCAAUGGUAUGACGUCAAACACGCGGACGCCCCCAGCCAAUGCGAUGGGAGCAGGUGUGGCUUAUUCGCAUUUUUAUGACAACACGCCCACGUCCCCCACUUCGAUGAAUAGACUGAAGAGAGACCCGGCGCAGACAGACUUUGGAAACAACGCCGCCACGAAUGGCACGAAUCUGUGGCUGAGCGCCAUGGAGCCUAAGGACAAUGAAUCCUAUUUGAGUGCGCAGGAGUCUCCGCGCUCCUCACACAAUAGUAGCCGCAACAGCUACGAGAUGUCAUCUACUCGGAACAUUGACAUGGAUCAGAGCAGCAUAAUCAGCGGACAUAGCAACAAGGAGAGCGAAGACUUUCCUGACCACAACGACGACAAUGACUCUGCGCGUGGUUCAUAUGAGCUCUAA